AGAGCAGGGUCUGCGCAAUAUGGCUGACCAGCAAGCAAGUGUCGAACAGCAGCAGGCACCGGCCGCACCACAACAGCAGCAGCAGGCCGCCCAACAACAGCAGGCGCCGCAACAGACGGCUUCCGGUGACCAGCAGCAGCCACAACCACAGCCCGCCCUGCAGGAUGCCGGUCAGAAGCCGGCUGUUGCAACCGGUACCGCACCUGCCGCCGCCGCCCCAGCCGCACCGCCACAACCGCAGAAGGAAAUAAUCGCGACGAAGGUAACGGGCGUCGUGAAAUGGUUCAACGUAAAGAGCGGCUACGGUUUUAUUAACCGUGGCGACACGCAGGAGGACGUGUUUGUCCACCAGUCGGCAAUUGCUCGCAACAACCCAAAGAAAGCUGUCAGGUCGGUCGGCGACGGUGAACAGGUUGAGUUCGAUGUGGUGAUCGGCGAGAAGGGUAAUGAGGCGGCCAACGUGACCGGACCGCAGGGUGAACCGGUAAAGGGUAGUCAGUAUGCGGCGGAAAAGCGCCGCGGCUUCCGUAACUGGUGGCUAAAGCGUGGUCAACGGCGCCCGGGACAAACCCGCAACAAGGACGGUCAGCUGGAAGGUGGACAGGGUGAUGGACAGCAGCAAAACGAUGGUCAGAUGCAGGCUCAACCCCAGCAGCAGCAGCAACAACAUCAGCCCCAACAACAAUCGGGCAAUAAGCAGCAGCAGCAGCAGCAGCAACAACAACAGCAACCGCGCCGCUAUCGUCCCAGGGGUCGCGGAGGUUACGCAUCGUACUACUCCCGACCCGCACCGCGCGGCCCACGCCGCGAUAUGGGUGACAAUGGCCAGAUGGCAGAUCAGAACAUGAUGGACGACAAUGGUGGCAUGCGGGGAGGCCCGGGUGGUCGGGGUGGCGGUGGUCCGCGACGAUUCUUCCGCCGCAACUAUCGUAGCGGUGGUCGCGGUGGUGGUAUGGGUGGUCCACCGGGACCGCGCCGCGGUGGCUACCGGCCGGACUAUCAGGCCGACUAUCAGCAGAACGGUGGGGGUCAGGAGCAGAUGGCACCACCACCACCACGCCGCGGCGGUGGCAUGCAGGGACGUGGUUCCGGUGGCCGUGGACGUUUCCCGCGCCGAGGUCGCAAUCCGCAGCGUCCGCGUAACGAGGGUGGCUUUAACAAUGCCGUCCAAAAUACGACCACCGAAAGUUCGGCAUAAAGCAAACA